AUGGUGACGGUGGCCGGUGACAGCAGAGAGAUAGACGGCGAAGUUGUUGGUGACGUCGCCAUAUCCUCUCCUAUAAAUACCAGUUCUUCUAUCUUCCUUACUUACACCACCAGCAGCCAACGCCGAGCACUGAUCGUCUCACUCUCACAACCUGAAGCGGUGGUCUCCGGUGGCGGCGGCAUGGCAGCACUCCUGAAGAACAAGGUGCUCGUCUCCUGCGUGAUGCUCCUCAUGGUCCUGCUGAUGGCCACGCAGAUGGCGGCGGCGGCGGCGGGCGAGGACGGCGGCACGGCACGCCGGCUCCUGCGAUGCGGCUACAGAAACUGCAACUGCCGCACUUGCCCCAUAUAUGGCUGGGCGUGCUGCGGCAUGUGUUGCCCCCCGGCGUAGGGCGCGGGCGGCACGCAUUGCGAAGCUCGCACCUUUGCUUCAAUCUCUUUGUUAAAGGUUUGAUAAAUAAUGCGUGUACGAGGUUACAUGUGGCUGCUGCUGCUUCAACGGUAGUAGUGGUCUUGGUCGUUCGUCGUCAUCCAUGUGGUUCUGGUGAGGCUCUUUACGGUUCACUGCUACUCGUAUAUCAAGCUUUGCGUACAACUGUUGUUAGAUGCUGUUCCGAGUGGUUUUUCCAUUUUUGGAAACUCUGAGGCAAUAGCUUUGCUCGUUCAGUUAAUAAAAAAAGAAAUAAUUUUGCUAAAAUA